AUGGCAACACCCGUGCCUACAGUAGUGUGCAGAAACCCCAGCGUCAUCCGGACCGGCCUUCCGCCGCGCCCAUCCGGCGCAUCAACCUUGCAGUGGCAGCGGAGCCUGUUCCAAGUAUUUGGAUACUCGCAUUACCGCGGCAGGGAUAGACCCUGCCCUGCAGCGGGGACCGAGCAGCCCACACCUCAAGAGACAGUCGGCCCAUCUCUGCAGGAACUUAAUCCUGCAUUCGCGUCUGCAAGACCAGAGGAGACCUUUUCCUUCCUCCGUCCCUGUCUCCGGCAGGGCAUUGUUUUGUAG